GAGGAAGGGUGUGCGUGUGGGCACUCGGCUCUCGUCAAAUAUAAAUCUACGCUGUCAUGUGGCUGAUAUUGUUUAAUUUAACUUUACUAAUUUCUUUUGUUCGUGAUGUGGUCGCCGGCCGCACCAGCGAGCACCUGUUCAAUGUGUCACAAACCAUCAGUGGGCUGCUCGACGGCUAUGACAUCAGACUGCGUCCUAACUUUGGCGGAGAGCCUUGCUACAUUGGGAUGGACAUCACCAUCGCGUCUUUUGACUCCAUCUCUGAGGUCAACAUGGACUACACCAUCACUAUGUACCUCAACCAGUACUGGAAAGACGAGCGACUGUCCUUCAGUUCAGAUGAUGAGUUUAUCUCCUUGCCGGGAGACUUCGCCGAAAUGAUUUGGGUGCCUGACACAUUUUUCGCCAACGACAAGAGCAGUUACCUGCACGACGUGACUGAGAAGAACAAGAUGAUUCGGUUGUACGGCGACGGCUCCAUCACGUAUGGCAUGCGCUUCACCACGACACUGGCAUGCAUGAUGGACCUUCACUACUACCCUCUGGACAUGCAAAACUGCACCGUCGAGAUAGAGAGUUAUGGUUACACUUUGGCGGACGUCGUGAUGUACUGGAGAGACAUCCCCGUGGUGGGAGUGGAGAAGGCUGAACUAAAUCAGUUCACCAUCGUAGGAUACGACUGUACAUACCGCACGGAAGAGCUCGCUACUGGCGUCUAUCGUCGCCUCACCAUCACUUUCGAGCUGUCCAGGAACCUUGGCUAUUUUAUCCUACAAACUUACUUGCCCAGUAUCCUGAUCGUGAAUUUGUCAUGGGUCUCUUUCUGGAUCAACCACCAAGCCAUUUCGGCUAGAAGUGCCCUUGGCAUCACGACCGUACUCACCAUGACGACCAUCAGUACGGGUGUACGGGCUUCCUUACCUCGCAUCUCUUACGUGAAGGCCAUCGACAUUUACCUCGUCAUGUGCUUUGUCUUCGUCUUUGCGGCUUUGAUGGAAUAUGCUGCCGUCAACUACAACUUCUGGCGUCAAGAGGCAAGAAAGCAGAAGAAGGAAAAACCCGCCCCUCCACCCAAGCCUCCUCUUGCCCUGCCUCCGACGGACAAAGCCGACGGCGUCGCCAACCUGUCCGAGGACAUUCGCAAAAGCCCGAUUGCUUCUCUUAGACAAAGACACGCCUCGAAGUUUUUCAGCCGUGAGGGUAAUCUACAGGACUUCAAGUUUCCUACAUCGUUCAGAAUCAACAGGGACAAGACGUCACCACCUCCUGACAACUCUAAUAAUGAGUCAUCUGGUGUAGGCCUCAUUGCCGCCAUCCGCAAAGCAAACUCUAUAAUCAAAGCAAGUGUUCAAGAAGACGUCAACGUCAUCGAUAAGUGGUCACGUCUCUGCUUCCCUGUCACAUUUUUGAUUUUCAACAUAGGAUAUUGGGGCUUUUACUAUGCGUAAAGCAUAGUCGUGGUCGCGUAAGACUUAAUACUAAAAGAAUAAUAUGAGUCACAUUCACAUAUCCAAAAUGUGACACUCUUCCUUACCCAAAACACGCGCAGAGUGCGAACGUAGCAAUGAUACACCCUGUUGUCUGGGCAAUUUGGUCAGGAAAACUCACGCAAAGUCCAAAAAUUCAUCUCUAUUUGGACCCAAUUUUACUUAGUUCUCUAAGUGCAAGUGUUGAGGUGGAUUCGAAGGUUUAAAAGAUGUCGACCUGUAUUAUUGGUAAACGAUGCACUACCAGUCUAGUAUUCAGAUAAUAUCUGAAAAUUGAUUUAUUUGUAAAAGAGACAAUGAUUUCACAAAAAAAUGUGUUUUCGUAAUGACGACUCCUCUUGGCGAUUUUAGUCUUCCAAAAAGUCCAUUUCACACAGAAUAAUAAGCAUUCAUUAGUAUUCAUAUAAAUGCACUCGAAACUGUAUAAUUAUUUUACGUAUAUGAGUGAAUAUACAUAUUGUGGUUCCUAAUUUCUCAUUGUACAGUGUGUACAGAAUGAGUGUACGCAGUACAAGAUAUUGUGCUCGA